GUUUUUUCCGUCUACGUAUCGGGAAUGUCCGGCUCCCGACGAUAAUGGGGCGGGGCAUCACUUCCCCUUCCGGUGUCGGACCUCGGCUACAUCCGUGAGAGGACGGGGCCGUAGCACGGCCCAUCGGUUACCUCCGUCAGAACUCGGCAACUUCCGCGUGGAGGGGCGGGCCCUCGGUUACCUCCGUCACUUCUCGGCUACACCCGCGAGGAGGCGGGUUCUCGGUUACCUCCGUCACGUCUCGGCUACACCCGCGAGGAGGCGGGUCCUCGGUUACCUCCGUCACUUCUCGGCUACACCCGCGAGGAGGCGGGUCCUCGGGUUACCUCCGUCAGUACUCGGCUAUUUCCGCUCCUCCUCGGCUCGGCGGCUGAUGAUGGCGAGUGGAGCGGCCGCUGGACGCUGUCCUGUUGAGGCGGAGCCGCUGUCGGAGGAGGAGGGAGCGGGAGAAGAGGUCGAGCGGCAUUCGGAGGGAGGGAAGACACCGAGUCGGAGCGAGAUGAAGAUGGGGAUGAAUCUAGGGGUGCCAGGGACCGACAAGCAGCCGCAGGAGCAAGAGGAGGAGAAGGAGAAGGAGAAGGAGCAGCGGCCGCGGCGUCGGGGCCGGGGCUCGGUACCAGAUGCAGAACCUGAGCAGAAUUCUGAGGCUGACAUGACCUCGCAACUGUCCAGCCUGCGCGUGUCAGAGGAAAGUGAGAAGUGCCAGAUGGAGCCCGGAAACAGACCACAGAAUGCAAGGCUGGUGACUGAAGAAACACAAGGCAAUUCUAGAGAAAGUUCCAAAAUUCCACUGGGACAGACAAUGGAGGCAGAAGAUGAGCAACUACAACAGGAUGCUAAGGAUAAUAAAGGGUGUGAGAUAACUGCAACAGCACUUGCUGCAUACCGGGUUCGUAAAGUCAGCAGUGAUUCUGUGAUCAUUCAGUCUGACCACGGGGGGCCAGAAAAGUUACCAGCUGAUCCAUUAGAAGGUCCUGGGAGAGUUGUUCCUGUAAUUGAUGCUGCUGCCACCUGGAUUUCCACGGAGCUGAACGAGUUCAAAGAGAAGAUCCGGAGGGAAAAGGCUGGGGUGAUGAAGGUGAACCGUGGGAAUGUAGUGACAGUGCGAGUUCCCACCCACCCUGAGGGUAACUCUGUCUGCUGGGACUUUGCCACGGACACCUAUGAUAUUGGCUUUGGGGUGUACUUUGAGUGGACUCCUGUGACCGACACAGAGAUUACGGUGCUGGUUAGCGAGUCAAGUGAUGAAGAGGACGAGGAAGAGACAGAAGCACCCCCAGUCCAAGGAGAUAUCGAGAGAGGGAAAGAUUUCUUCCGGUCUGAAUUGGAGGAGAUCCUGCCUGUAUACCGAAAGGACAGUCACUUGGAGGUUCAGUCCGGCAGUCACAAGUACCCGGGACAGGGAGUCUACCUGCUCAAAUUCGACAAUUCCUACUCGAUCUGGAGACACAAAACCCUCUAUUACCAGGUCAACUACAGCUCCUGAAGAAGCAGCCGUAGCAGCAGCAGCAGCCCUUCCCUGGGGAAGGGGACCGAAUCCACGUCCCAUUCCUCCAGAGAUACUCUCUCUCCGAGUCAGCCUCUUGUUUUCUUUCUCUGGCAAUUGU